CGUUCCUCCAAUGGAUCCUUCCGUAUAACGCGGACGUCACCCGGGCCGGUUUGUGCUGUAGGCAAGCAAGAGUCUGGAGGAUCGACUAUUUCUAUAGGGGAACGACCGAGACUGCUGCAAGAUGACAAGUCCAGCGGUUGUGUCUCCAGACUCCUCCAGCGAUAAAUCCAGUCGCCUUUACGUCUUGACCUGGGCCAACAAUCAGCUGAAGACAAGCUUCAGAGAUGUGCGGCACAUGGGCUCAGGGGCCUCUCACUGUCAGCUCAUGGACUGGGUUAUUCCUGGAUCUGUUGACCUGGCCAAGGUGAAGUUCGAUGCAAAAGAUGAGGAUGACUACAGGCACAACUUCAGGCUGCUCAGUGAGGCCUUCAGCAAGAACAGCAUCGUAAAGGCCAUUCCAGUUGAGGAGCUCAUAAAAGGGCAUGUUCGAAGCAGCUUUGAGAUCCUGAAGUGGUUCAAGGCUUUCUUCGUGGCAAAUGUGAAAAGUGAAGACUACGACCCUGUGAAAGCUCGAGACGGCCGUGAUAUCCGCCCCAUCCUGGAACAUACCAUUAUACGUCCCAGGCAACGUAAAUCGAAACCUAAAAUGGAGCCAGACACGGAGGAGAACGGCACAGGGACAAAAACUAAGUUCUCUUUCUCUGUCAAGUGGAACGAAAUGUUUGACUGGGCCGAGCAGAGUGCUCUGGGAGAGCACUAUACAUACUGCCGCUUUUGUGACAAGAACCUGGUGACAUAUCAUAGAGGCCUUAUUGAACUCAAGCGACAUGUGGACACCAAAAAACACAACAAAAGAGCUGCAGCCUCCGCGAGUGUGGGACUAAGCCAAUUGCCCGAGCCGCCGCCUUGCAGCCAAGCAGCCAUUCGAUUUAUUUACAAACAGUUUUAUUCUGGCUCUGCUGAAGGCGAACAGGUGUCAAGAGAUUUUGCACGCUUUAAACUGGGGCCGCAGUACCCCAAAGAUAUUGCAUCCGUUUGCCAGCACACGCCUUACUGUGUAUACAUUUAUGGAGGGGUAGCGCUGGAAAAGGACGACACCGUCUCUGUGGUCCUCGUUGGGUUUUUUGACGUCGAGGCCUCCAGGCACUGUGUCCGAUUUGUGGAUGCUCUUCAGUCAGUGGGUGGUGAGGAAGAUCAGACGGCGGCAGCAGUGGUCGAAACCUUGGAGAAAUUCAAGUUACCCUCGGAUAAUCUUGUGGCCGUUUACUGUGAUGGUAACGGAGCGGCCUUAGAGCAGAUCUGCUCGCAGCUCAGGGAACUCAACCCCAACCUAGUAGCCUUAAGAGGGCUGUACACCGUCGCUGAUGCUGCUUGCCAUGCAGUCAUUAAAGAGCUCUCCAAUCAGGUUCAAGAGCUGAUAGGAGAUAUUCAUGCUCACCACUCGUCCUGCACUACUGAGAACAACAACCUCACAGCCCUUUUUGGUUCAGACAGUGUGCAAAGUCCAUUGUUUCAUGUCAACACCAGCUGCCUUCAGUUUUGCCUUUUCGUCAAAAAAAUGCAGGAAAUAUGGACAGAUCUUGUAUUAUACUUUGAGUCUUGCAACAAGGAAGACAACAAAGCCAAGUCAAUCCACUCCCGGCUGCUUGAUCCUAAACUCAGGGCAACAUUUAUGUUUCUGGAGCAGUCACUGAAACCUCUGCACAGUUUCCAGAGGCAUCUACAGACCAAAAAGGAAGGUGCCAGAGCAGACAUGCUGCUUAUCCUAGAGGAGGCCAGCAGCCUGCUGGGGACCUACACCUCCUUCUUCCUUCAUCCGCAAGCUGCUGCUCGCUUCCUCAAAGAACACGAUCCUCAAAUCCUUAAGAACAAGAAAUUCCACUUGUUGAGCCCUGAGCUCAAUCUGGGCGGUAAAGCUGUGGAAGACUCCCUGAAAGAGUCUAAGGCUGCAGACGCGCUGCCACUGCUAACAGAGGAGGUUUUGUCCCUCUGCAUUGCGCUCACAGGUUGCAUUGCAGAAGAGCUGCCCUUGAGUGACGGGGUGCUGAGGAGUGUCGCGCAGCUGCUGAAUCCCCAGAGCAGGGAGGAGGUGACAGGGAAAUCUGUUGAGGAACUUGGGACCAAGCUGGGAAUCUGCAGUUCCCCUGAUGAGGUCAACCAGCUAUCGAGGGAAUUCCUUAAGUAUCAGCUGGCAGAGGAGGGAGAGAAGGAAAACCCAGAAGUGGCGUCACUAGAGAAACACUGGGCCAGUGUGCUGAAAGACACCAAGCCAACCUCUGUCUUCAGGAAGCUUGUCUUGACCCUGUUGUCUUUCCCCUGUCCUCCACUUCAAUCGCGGCAGCUUUUUACUCAGGCUCUGGAGAGUGAAGACUUUGCAUCGUUCUCGGAGAGUGAAUGUGACAUCACGUCUGACAGUAUUCUCUCUGAUAGCACCAGCUACAAGGACUCCCCAGAAGAUUCAAAUGGCCAUUCUCUGACAGUGAAGCCAUGUGAAGUCCGUCUCAGGAAGAUAAAUGAAUUAAAAGAUGAUGGUGACCGUAUUCUUGGAGAGAAGGGCAUCAUUUGGAAAGAGGGGAACGUUAGGGGGAGUUAUGGCUGGGAGAGCAGCUUGCGCCAGAAGCCACAGGCCCGUACAGUGUUUCAGGCUGGUGAAACCAACGGGUCCACACUUGAUAAGGGUCCGGAGUCCAAAGAUGAGGUGACUGAAGAGGAAUCAUCACCAAUUAAAUCAACUCCAAGAGCACGACGGAAACAAGCCUACCAGGAUGGAAAAGGCUUUCCGAUAGGAGAGCUGGUGUGGGGAAAAGUGAAGGGGUUUUCCUGGUGGCCUGGGAUGGUGAUGCCUUGGAAAACAAAGUCCUCUCCCCCCAGUAUGCGGCGUGUGGAGUGGUUCGGAGACGGGAUGUUCUCAGAGAUCUACACCGAGAGUCUUCUACCAUUAGGUCACUUCACAAAGUGCUUCUGUAAAAACUCCUUUGCCAGCUUGCCCAUCUACAAACAAGCCAUCUUCCAAAUCAUUGAGCUGGCAGGUGAGCGAUGUGAAAAGUCUUUUGCAUCGACAGAAGAUAAAGAAAAAGAGCUGUCGCUGAUGGUGGAAUGGGCUCUUGGAGGAUUUUUGCCUACAGGACCAGAUGGAUUCGCACCUCCCGAUUCUGCUCCAAAUAAUGGACUGCAGGACUCUUCUGACUCCAACCUGUCCGACUACCAGCCUCCAGCAAAAAGGAAAUAUGUUUACAAAAAUAAGGCGAACACACAGGCCAUCAUCUACAACAGAGAAUCGAUACCUGAAAAAGUCAAACAGAAUGGGAAAACAAUCGAAGAUGUUUGUUUGUGUUGUGGAUCUUCUGAGAUUGAAGUGGUGCACCCGUUGUUUGAAGGUGGCCUUUGUCUAAAAUGCAAGAUGAACUUCACAGAGACACUGUAUCGCUACGAUGAAGAUGGCUACCAGUCGUACUGCACCGUGUGCUGUGCCGGCUUGGAGGUCAUUCUGUGCGGCAACGCCAGCUGCUGCAGAUGUUUCUGUAAGGACUGCCUGGAAAUCCUGGUGGGUCCAGGAACCUUUGACAAAAUGAAAGACAUUGACCCCUGGAGCUGCUACUUUUGCAAGCCAUCACAGUGCGAGGGGAACCUCAAACUCAGACCAGACUGGAGUGUCAAGGUUCAAGACCUCUUUGUCAACAACAGCGCCAUGGAGUUUGAGCCUCACAGAAUUUAUCCCUCCAUCUCUGCCGAUCUGCGCAGGCCAAUCAGGGUGCUUUCUCUUUUUGACGGCAUUGCAACAGGAUACCUGGUGCUCAAAGACCUCGGCCUUAAAGUCGAGCGAUACAUCGCCUCGGAGAUUUGUGAGGAUUCUAUCGCCGUGGGGAUGAUCAAGCACGAGGGGAAGAUAGAAUAUGUCAAUGAUGUUCGUACCAUCACCCGGAAACACCUGGCUGAAUGGGGUCCAUUUGACCUUCUGAUUGGAGGAAGUCCUUGUAACGACCUGUCCAUGGUCAAUCCUCUUCGAAAAGGAUUAUUUGAGGGCACCGGAAGGCUUUUCUUUGAGUUCUACCGCAUCUUGACCCUGUUGAAGCCGAAGGAGGGCGACGACCGGCCGUUCUUCUGGUUGUUCGAGAACGUGGUUUUCAUGAGUGCAAACGACAAGUCAGAUAUCUGCCGAUUCCUUGAGUGUAAUCCGAUUCUCAUAGACGCAGUGAAGGUCAGUCCUGCUCACAGAGCACGCUACUUCUGGGGAAACCUCCCCGGCAUGAACAGGCCUCUUGCCACGUCUCUAGAUGACAAAGUAAGCCUUCAGGCCUGUUUGGAAGUCGGACGCACGGCAACGUUUGACAAAGUCCGCACCAUCACAACGAAGAGCAACUCUAUAAGGCAGGGCAAGACGGGGCCACUUCCUGUCAACAUGAACGGCAAGGAAGACUACCUGUGGUGCACCGAGAUGGAGCAGAUCUUUGGCUUCCCCAAACAUUACACAGACGUGAACAACAUGGGUCGGAGUCACAGGCAGAAGGUCCUGGGUCGCUCCUGGAGUGUCCCUGUGAUCCGUCACCUCUUCGCUCCGCUGAAGGAUUAUUAUGAAUGUGAAUAACCGCUGUGAACUGAAUCUCCACACUCUCGUUGGAGAAGCAGCAGUAAACCUACUGCCUUAUCCUGCCCUGCAUUUCAAGGUAUUUCAACCCCACUCUGUAUCAGAAAGACCUCAUUUUGUUUUUUUUACUGACUUUUAGUUACGUUUUCUAUUUCUUUUUUUAAACUGUGAUUCGUAAAUCAUACACGGUCCACCAGCAGGCACCGACACUUUUUUUAAAAAGGUUCCUUUUGAUAAAUGAUGGUGCUGUUAUACAAACAAUACUGUUGUUCAGGGUCUGGAUCAGGAAGCAAGUUUCCAUGGUGCGCCAGCUAUCUUUGGGCUUGUCUCAGGUUUUUUCAGUAUCAUGAAACCGGUUCAUUUUUUAACAGAUCACGUUAUCUCUCAGCAACAAUAACAUGAAAUGAGGAGAUAUCGCUCCUGAAACAAUGAGUUCAAAAUCAAGCUACAAAUUUGCAAUAGAGACAAAAUAUGAUAUAUCUGUAGAGU